AUGAUUGUCAAAGAACAAAUUGAAGACGAGCAUGUCGAGAACAUGAGGAAACUCUUCCAAAGACUGAGAAAGUUUCAAUUGAGGCUAAACCCAGACAAAUGCACUUUUGGAGUAACAUUUGGGAAGCUGUUGGGCUUCAUUGUUAGCAGAAAAGGCAUUGAGAUCAUAAAUACUUUGAGGUUGUAUGGAGAUCCUGCCUUAGUGAUCUAUCAAAUCCGAAGAGAGUGGGAAAUAAAAGAUACCAAACUGGUGGAAUACAGAAAGCUCAUUCUAGAUCUACUUAAAGAAUUUGAUGAGGUCACUUUCUAUUACAUACCAAGAGAAAAGAAUCAAAUGGCAGAUGAUUUAGCUACCUUGGCAACAAUAUUCAAGACUGGUGGGGAAUCUGACAUGAUGCCAAUCAAUAUGUAA